AUGUCUAUGGACCUUGAAUUCCCCAAAAAUCUCCCCAAAAUCCGCCUUCCUUUACAGGUCCGAUCCCCUCCCAAACCCUCCCUUUCCGACAACAUCAUACCCUCUUCCGAUCAUGACUCCGACCUCGACCGCCGUUCCUGCCGGACACCUACCUCCGCCGAGCACAAGAUUCCCAAGAUCCUCAGCUGUCCUGGCGCUCCUAAGAAGCCUAAACGCCCUCCAGUCCCUUGCAAGAGGAAGUUGACCAUGGAGCUCAAAUUCUUCGAGAUCGUUAAUCAAGAAGAAGUCGAUAAUUUCUUCCGAUCCGCUUACGAUCUUGAAUCUUCUCCCACUGCGCCGCCUAAGAGGAGUUGCUGCCGGCCGUCAGCUUGA